AUGCCCAUACCCUACGUGACGGAGACAGUUGGUGGAGGCUGGAAAACGUCUGACAUCUUCUCGCGACUCCUCCAAGAACGCAUCAUCUGUCUGAACGGCGAAGUCGAAGAGUCAAUGUCCGCCAUGAUCGUCGCUCAGCUUCUCUUCCUCGAAGCCGACAACCCGGAGAAGCCCAUAUCGCUCUACAUAAACUCCCCUGGUGGAAGCGUUAGCGCAGGUCUCGCCAUCUACGACACCAUGAACUACAUUCGCUGUCCCGUCAGCACAAUUUGCAUGGGCCAGGCGGCGUCUAUGGGGUCUUUGUUGCUUGCUGGGGGCGCUGCUGGAGAACGGUAUAUCUUGCCACAUGCGAGGGUCAUGAUUCACCAGCCAAGUGGAGGAUACUCGGGCAAGGCGAGCGACAUUGCGGAUCACGCAAAGGAGAUUCUGAGGAUCAGGGAUAAGCUGAACAGGAUAUAUCAACAGCAUCUGACGAAGAAGACGAGCUUGGAGGAGAUUGAGAAGUACAUGGAGCGUGACUACUUCAUGGACGCGCAGGAGGCGGUGGAAUUCGGCAUUGUUGACAAGAUCUUGGAGAGGAGGGAGGCUACAGACAAGGAAGAGAAAAAGUGA